AUGGCUAUUACUAUUUGCCCUAAGAAGUAUGCAUUAAGUGUCAUUCUCUUCGUAGAUCAGUGCAAAGUAUGGGACUCCGAAGACCUCAUAGACCUUGACUCAUUUAACACCAAUGUGUUUUUUGAAAUUCUGCUUACACAGUCUCUGGCCGUGACAACCAAACUCAGCCAGUUUAAAGAAGAGCUGAAAUCCAUAUACUUCAAACUCCUGGAGGAAUUCACCUCCCUCCGAGAUCUCUGGGUAACAAAAAUGUGCAUUUCUGAUGGAGGAAAAUCUUGCAGUGAUGCUCUAAUGGGAGAUUACAUGAAGGUGAAAGAAGAGGCAGAGGAGGAAAUUAGGUGCAGAAAGCAUUGGGCAGCAGAAUACGAAGAGAGUUUGGACAGACAGAUCAAUCUCUUGACUCAGUAUCUGAAACACGAGGAGGAACACUGGGUGGCUUUCAAUUCUGGUCUCCAGGAAGUUGUGAGGCAGGUGGGGAUGUUGGAAGAUGUGCUCUCUAGAGAAGACUUUGGUUCAAAUUCUAAACCAGAGCAAUGGAGGUUAUUAAGCCUCAUAGAUGCUGCAAGCGAGAAGCUCACCAGCAUGGUGGUCAAGGAGAGCCAUCGGCUUAUGCAGUGGGGACUUCUUGGAGAAGGAACAGGAGCUGGCCUUCUGAACCAAGAGAAGACCCUGGUGCUCACCAAGGAGAACCUUGGUGGCUCCUUCAAGACAUGUGAAGUUCUGCAUCAGGAUCUUGCCACCGGACUGAUAAUGCCCAAUGAAGACAUUACUAUGCUUUUAGCCAAUCAGUCCAUGAAGUCUGCAUUUCCAGAUCACUUCCUGCAUCCUGGGACAGGAAAACUGCUCCCAAUAGCUGGGAAUGUUGGCUUUGAUCCCCUCGAAUCCAAGCUGAUCCCCAUGGUUGAUUUAGUAUCUGGAGAGAUUCAAUAUCACUCGGACCUCCCAACCUUCUCCUUUGUCCCAUAUCCUGUUUGUCCCGAAACUGGCCUUCCAGGAAGAAUUAACUUACCUGUUCUGCAACCUGAGAAAGUAUUUAAGUUUGGAGGCCUGAUGCAAGAUCCAGUUACUGGAAUGGAAGUACCAAUCCUUGCCAUCACUGCUCAUCCCCAAACUGGCCAAUGGUUGACCUUGGGUGGGACAUACCUGAAUCCCCUCACAGGGAUGGUGACCCCGCUUGAAAUCGGAGGGCCCAUGAAAGUACAAGAGAGUGGAAAAAUCGUUCCUAUCCUUGGAGUCGGUUUGGAUAAUAACACAGGAAUCGUUGUUCCACUAGGAGGACUACAAGGUCCUUCUGGAGACCUUCUGCUUCCUGGAGAUCCUUUUGUGGAGCCCUUGAGUGGCAAGAUGGCUCGCCUGCAGGGCCUCUCCCUUCGGCAGGACAAAAUAGUACCUCAUGCAGGCAGUUACCAGGUGCUCUUGGAAGCCAAUGUCCUCAUCGCCCAGAUCCUUGUGGUGAAAGUCCUGCAGGAAUAUAAAGACUCAAUUAGCAAGGAUCUAUGCCCAAUGGUCAGGUUGACAAAAAUUCUCAAUGGGCCAGAGGAAGCCAUGGAAACGGCACUGGCCCACAAGCUUGGUUAUUUGAUGUACUACCUACAGAACCUGGAGAAGCAACGAGGUGGUGCUUCCAGUGUCGAGAGAACUGGUGGAAAGCUGGGAAUGAUCAAGUAUCUCAGCACAGAACUUUGGAUCCCUGCUGUGUUUGGGAUGAAAAUUCCAGACCCCGGAAGUUCCGAAUUGAUGGUUCCCAUCCUUGGCGUGGAAUGUGAUUGGAAAACAGGGCAGCCAGUACCGCUUGCUGGGGUGACAGAAGAUGCUAAUGGGAAAGGCUUGGUGCCCAUCACAAUAGGCUCCAGAGCCAUCGAUCCCAUCACAGGGGAGACGGGACCGGUCAUUGGCGCACAGACCAACCCUUGGACCAAGGCUGUCCUUCCUGUCGUCCAGCCGCAAGGAUGCUUGCCGCGAGAAAAAAUAGAUCCCGAUUUGCUGACUGCCUUGGCCAAGGAGCUGAUGGCCAGGAGGGUUUACUGGCACUCCCAACGAGAGAAAGAGCAGGAGGUAUUUAAAGAGGUGGAUCACCUGUUGCAUGAUAUCCUCGAUGCUGCCAAAGAAGGAAAAAUGGGAAAGUUCAAGUUCAGGGACAGAUUAAAAGCUGCUGACAAAAUUUGCCACUUCCUGGAAUCAUCUUCGGCCCAAGAAAGUCAAAGGCAGGUCGGCCGAGACUUGACAGCAUUGGGGAACCCUGAACGAUCUUUAUGGUCAAGAGUGGACAAGGACGAGAAAGAGCAGGAGGCCAAAGUCCAGCUUUUGCUCAGGAAGACUUUGGAAAAACUGGUGCAAUUAAUUUGGACAACACAGCUGGAAGAUCAGCGGAUCCAGAUGCAACUGAAGGAAGCCGAGCGACAUUGGAGCAGGAGCCUCCGCACCCAGGAAGUCAUCAAAGAGAAAUUCAGAAAGACCAAACUGCAUCUCUUGGCAGAAUUCCAGGACCACAUUGCAAGACAGCAGACCAGAGUGGAGACUGAAUAUUGCAGACUGGAAUAUCUGCGACUCUUGUCAGACAUUGUGGCCUUCCAAACAAAGGACUGUCUCUCUGGAUCUUCUCAAUGCUUCAUGAACUACCCUGCUGCAAGAUUUUACAGCAUGGCUGCUACUCCCUGUGGAAGUUGGGAGGUCAUCAAUAAAAAAUUGAUCCCCUUGCUGAAAUCGGUGCUCCAGACCCUGGAAGAGAACAAAAAAGGUUCUUCAUCUCCUGAGGAAGAUACUGACAAUUCUUUCCAGGAUAUAAUGGAUGUUCAAAUGAUCCCUAAGUCCAGAGAACUUGUCCCUGUGCUUGUUUCAAGUCUUUCUGCGAGGGAAUUUGUAACCUACCAGUAUGGCGUUGUCACUUUGCAAUUUCUCCGACCUUAUAUUGGUGCUCCAGAGGUGGAAUUGUGCCUUGCCUCCAGAAUUCCUUCUAGCAAUGCCCCUGGGAAUGCUUUCAGAAACACCUUUUAUUACCAGAUCCCUGGCAAUCGACUGUUUGUCUUAAGAGAGUCUCUGGCCUGUGCCGGGAGCUUUGUCCUACUUCUUGUCCACUGCCUGGCCCACAUAACCGCCAAAGACUUCAGCCAAGAUUCCAAGCCAGCUUUUCGAAGGCUGUUUUACCAGGCGCUUAAAGUCUGCCUGGGGGAAAUGUUCUCACUGAGGCUCCAGGCGUCCACAUUUUCAGAAGAAAGUAAGUCUGCCGCCACUGUGAUCAAGCAGGUUUUGCAGAAGAGCGAGGAGGCAUCUGCUGAGCUUCUCUCACAGCCUCUGUAUGCCAAGGCAAAGGGCUGCAGAGAUUCCCAAAAGGAUAUCAGCAGAGCAAUGGAGAAAGAGCAGCUACCAGUUGACCAAAUGGAGGUCCUGUCCCUGGAAGACCCAUGGCUGAGCCAGGAAAUAGACAGGCUUCCGAGGAAGCUUCAGAAGGAAAAGUGGCCUGAGUGAAUUUUGGAAGCUCUGGUAGAGAUCACCAAGGCAGAACAAUGAAAGGACCGUGGAAGUGAGCCAAGAUGACCAUCUUUGGCCAUUUUUCUGCACUAGCUGAGCAUAACCUUGGAGAAUAAAUGGUCAGGAGGAACCUAAAGGCAGAAGGAAGAUUGGAGUUAUCUAGCAUAUAUCUGAGGACAGGAAGACCUGGAGGAACGUUGUCCAUGGGGUCACAAUGGGUCGGACACGACUUCGCAAUUAACAACAACAAGCAUAUAUCUGAAUUAUUGAUCCAUGCCGAACUGUGCAUCAUGUUCACAAACAUGAUGAACACAUGUUAGGGCUGUGUGAACUUUGAAAGGCAGCGUUAUAACCAGAGUCUCAGGUCUCUCUGGAAGAUUAAAACUUGCAGCUUUGCAGGGUGUGUGUGUGUGUUCUUUUUGUAAAACCCAUUGGAGAUUCCUGCUGGGAUGUGGUUAUGUGUUACCUUUGCUCUUGUAUUAUCUAAUUUAAUUUAAUCAAAUUAAUCAAGGAGAGAAUCAACCUGGAACUAAGGAGAAAUUUCCUGACAG